AACUAAGGCAGGCUUCACAGUGAGUCAAACACUCUCAAAGACAGACUGUCUCCACAGCACGGAGAUAUGGGUUUACUGUAACUGAGACCUGGAGCUUUCUUAAACUUAAAAAACAAACUUUAAAGAGAACCAUAGACUGAGAGAGAUAUAAAGAGACACAUCUUGGCCAAAGUGAUGGAAAGCUAAUCCUGGCCAAUACUUUGAGACUUUAGCGUGGUGGGAGAAAAAAAAAGAGGAGCGAGGACAAGCCUGAGGAUACUACAGAUUAUGUUGCCAUGGAAACCGAAACCUGGAAGCAGACGCAAGGACCACUGAAGGCAUCGACAUCCCCUGACUGCAUCCUCGACACGUUACCGUCCUCCUGCGCCCUGUGGUGAGAGAAUGCUGUGGAGAAUAUCUAUACCAGUCAUACUGGCUGGGCUGCUCUGCAUCACGGCAGAAACCAAAAAGCCCCGGCCCCAGGGAUCCAUCCCAUCCCCCCACAAGACCAAAGGGAACCUGUCCUCAGAGCGUCACCAGCGGCUACUGCAGCAGAAACCUGAGGUGCUGUCCUCCAGCCGGGAGGCCUUGGUGGUAACGGAGCGUCGUUACCUCCGCAGAGACUGGUGCAAGACCCAGCCUCUCCGCCAGACCAUCAGCGAGGAGGGCUGCCGCAGCCGCACCGUGGUCAACCGCUUCUGCUACGGCCAGUGUAACUCCUUCUACAUCCCCCGGCAUAUGGGCCCCAGCUCGAGUCAGGGCCAGAAUCGAGGACAGGCCUCAGGCUCUGGAAGGAAAAAACACAACAAGGUCCAGGAGCCGUUUCAGUCCUGUUCCUUCUGCAGGCCACACCGCAUCACACAGCUCACAGUGCAGCUAGACUGCCCAGACCAGCAGCCGCCUUUCAGACACCGCAAGGUGCAGAGGGUCAAACAGUGCCGCUGCAUGUCUGUGGAUGUGAGCAGCCAUGGGAAACUGUAAAGGAUUUAAGAUUAAAAUAAUAGGAGUUCAGUCAAAGGCAGGAAAUUCAUAAGCUUCGCCAAACAAGGACUGGCUUCAAGUUGAACUAUACUGCAAGGUGUUGCACAACUGAUGGCUUGUCCCGCAAUAAAAUGACAUGGAACUGGUAUUAUUAAACAAAGGAUCAAUGAUGAUUACAUCAGAGACAAGCAGUCAUGUUGGCAAGCUGAUGCUGUUGAAAGAGACUGAUUAAAGUAGUGCAAGAGACACUGAUGAUGAAGCAGCAAAAUGUCAACAUUAAAACAACAUUUCCUUCCUUUGAUUUCCAUUUACCUGGCUAUUUGUUCAUUUUUCAUUAGAUUCCUUUGUGAUAAAGGUGAUGAUAAACUAUAAAACACUAUGGAUUCUGCUGGUAAUUUAGUGUCUUGGAGAAACAAGUUAUAGUGUACACAUUUUCCCUGCAAUGUUUUAACCUGUUGAUUGUGUUUUACAACUAUUGUAUCCGUUGUCCAGCAUCUUAGAUUCUAUGUCCGAAAUCAUACACCAGUUGAUAUCAAGAAAACAUGAAGCAAGCAACACAACAAUGACCAGUGGCAUCCACCUGCUUCGAAACAAGCCUGGCUGUAUAUUUGCCACAGAUAUACUAGCCAGUAGGAAAAACAUACAGCAGCAUGUGUAAUGGAGGUGCAAUGCAAUAUACGGGGCAUUCUACCGAAUUAGUACAAAGUGCGGUCCCACGACAAGAAAAACUAUUUAACAAAAUAAUUACGUAUUCAGACAUAGAUAUUUACUAAGAAUAUGUUAUGGUCUAUUUAAACAUAAGGCAUUCAAUUAUAUAGUGAUACGUUUAAUAUAUACAGAAACAACAUUUAUAGGGUACUUUCUAUUGGGAAGUAGCUGUCCCCUGACAUCUAAAUUUCAAUUUCUGUAAAUAACACUUAAAACAUUUUAUUUUAUUUUGUUCAAUGGUGUAUUUAGAAAAGCUUUAUGAUUACAUUCAAACAGCAGUUGGAAUAUUUAGAUGUAUUGUGGGUAUCAUUUUUUAAUAAAAAAACUAUACUCAAAAAAUCAUGUCCCCAGUUUUCAUGUCACUACCGAAACACAAGGGGUUUUAGUCCAAUGGCUGAGCCUGGUUUUUAGCCACACCCCUGCAUUUUUGACAAGGCAGUGAUGGCUGUCUACACACACAUCUGCAUCACUAUCACUAUCACAUCUACACACUGCAUCCCUGUCCCUCAUGGCUGAAUGGCAAGUAGCUAUACUGUAUCCCAUACUUUUGAUAUCAAUCUGUUCCAAAAUCUGAAAAUCGGCGUGUAACCUUAAGCAUUGUCACUAUCAAACACAUAUUAUCUUCAAUUAAGUAAACUUUUUCGGGGUUUUAUGCAAAGUAUUAGGUUUUUAUGUGUGUAAACCUCUUCACAAACGUGUAUGCUAGCCAUGUACUUGCUAGCAUUCUUUAGUUAUGCUCAAUUUGAGCUAGAAUCGUCACUACCGAAACAGUCACUACCAAAACAGUCAUUUACCGAAACAUAUGGUUACGUUUCCGUAAUUGACAUGAUCGUUUCGGUAGUGACAAAAUGGAAUGGUAAGCAGGUAAAUCCCAUCAUUUUGAAAUAAAUGUGUUUUAAAGUCUGGAAAUCAGUGUGUUACUUUAAAGGUCUCUUAUUAUACUAUUGUUAGGCAUAUAUUAUAGGUCUCAGAUGUAUAAAAAAACAUGUCUAUGAAGUGUUUUGCUCAAAAUACCAAACAGAUCAUGCAUUCUAGCCUCAAACCCCUCUAUUUCAGCCUGUUACUAAAGUGCUGAUUCUGGGUCAGUAGCUUCAAACAUUCACACUUCAACAUAAGGCAUAUUACUUAUGAGUUAAGAUUAAGCAAUGAGGUUGAGGGAAAAUGAUACAACCUUGAGAACAAAAUACUGUGGUCACUACCGAAGCACUGGAUGUUUUGUAAACAAUAAAGUAUAUUGAGUUAUCAACUAAAAUGAUAUGAUACUGAUUGGUUUAAUGUAUGUUCAAUUUCAACAAUCAUCAACUCUGGAAUCAAUAUGAUCAGUAUUAUGUAUUUUACAAAGAACGUUUGCAUUAUGAUUUUUAUGAAUUGUAUAAAUUGAACUUUGAAAUUUGAUUAAAAAUGCGCUUUUAUUAAUUUAAUUUUAAAAACCCUCAAGAAAUAUUUGUUAAAAUACUAUUUAGAGAAGGGAAGGUAAAACAAUCUUAACAGGUUAAUACAACACUUUUUUACUACAGUGUAUUUACUAUGUUUCGGUAGUGACCAUUUUUGGUAGAAGAACAACAUUCCAAUACAGUCUGAAAAUACGAUAUAAAAUGUACGGUUCUUUUAGUAGAUAUGUGUAAUUUAGAUAUGGUACAAAAUAUAUAUGGACAACGUUUUGGGAAAAAACAAAGAACAUUUCAAAACAUUUCCAACCUGACUUUUGUCCAUUUCGGUAGAAUGGCCCGUAUACAGUAUAUAUUUUAUGUAUGUGUGUAUGUAUGUCUGUGAAAAGUAUAUUAAAUCUAUUUCAUAUAAAACAUUGGUGUUUAGAGUGCAUGUUGUUCUGUAACCCUUUCACAUUUGAAAAAACUGAGAACAAUCAGCAACAGCAGAAUUUUUCAUUACAAAUUAUGUAAUUUCUUUUAUGCAAUAAAUAUAAUUUUUCUGUG